AUGGCGCAAGGCCAGGUUCAAGUUUAUUUCACUACUACAUCUCCAGAUAUCGAGUUAGCAGAAGGAAAGCAGCAAUUGCUCGUUCCUACCAAUGUACGAAGAUAUGGUCUUUCACAGAUUCUCAACUCCGAGGCAAUGCUCGAUACCUCUUCGCCGAUACCAUUCGAUUUCCUGAUUAACGGCACAUUCUUGCGAACGACUCUUGACGAAUAUCUCACUGCUAAUGGAUUAUCCUCUGAAACGACGGUAAACUUACAAUACGUGCGAAGUUUGAUACCUCCUCUCUAUGAAGCAAGUUUUGAGCAUGAUGAUUGGGUCAGUAGUGUGGAUGUUUUAUCCGGUAGUUCUGCCGUAGGAACUUGGGGUAGUAAUUCGAUUGAAGCAGGACAGGAGCGCAUACUAUCAGGUUCUUACGAUGGACUUCUUAGAGUUUGGAAUAAAUCAGGUCAGGCUAUUGCGACAUCUGCACCUGCUAGUGCUGGUGGACACAAUUCUGGAGUAAAAUCUGCGAAAUUCCUCUCGGCCAAACAAAUUGCAUCAGCUGGUUUGGAUCGCACAAUUAGGAUAUGGAAUUAUUCGGAAGCGGAGGAUCAUUUCUCUGCGCAAUUGAAGCCCACCUUGGAAUUGUAUGGCCAUGCAGGUAGCAUAGACUCAAUCGCAGUCCAUGGACCAUCGAAUCGCAUUUUAUCCGCUUCAGCAGACGGACAAAUUGGUUUUUGGACUUCGCACAAAUCCUCAGCUCCUGAAGUAAACACCAGUCUUAUUUCUGGACCAUCUUCUAAACGACGCAAAAUCACAACCUCUACAUCAACUCCUCAGCGUGGUCCUCUAUCUCUCAUGGAUUGCCAUAAUGGACCUGCAACUGCUGUCAUCUUCAAUCCUGAGGAUUCUACUGUUGCUUACUCUGCUUCUCAAGAUCAUACCGUCAAGACACUCGACAUCACUACUUCUAGCAUUGUCGACACGAGAACAUUGUUGAAUCCUAUACUAUCAUUGAGCGCUUUACCAGGAAUUGGUCAUCAAAUAAUAGCGGCAGGUACAACAGCACGCCAUAUUGCUCUGAUUGAUCCUCGAGCUUCGGCUGCCACAACACAAGCGAUGACACUCCGUGGACAUACCAACUUCGUUUCAUCGAUAUUUGCGGAUCCUAAUAGCAACUUUGGUCUGGUAUCAGCAGGUCACGAUGGAACUUGUCGAGUCUGGGAUCUCAGAAGCACAAGACAAGGAACGAAAGAUGAGGGACUUGGUGUUGUAGGAGAGGCAGUUUAUAUCAUUGAGAGAGAUAGCAGGAAAGACAAGACGACUAAAGCAGUUGGGGGUGAGGGAGUAAAGGUCUUCGAUGUUAAUUGGGAUAAGGAUGUUGGAAUCGUUAGUGCUGGCGAGGAUAAGAUGGUUCAAGUGAAUAGAGGAAGGGGUGUUACAAGACCCGAGAAUUAG